AUGCCUGUUAUGAAAGGAUUGCUGGCUCCUCAGAACACCUUCCUGGACACCAUCGCCACCCGUUUCGACGGAACACAUAGCAACUUCAUCCUGGCCAACGCCCAGGUGGCAAAAGGUUUCCCCAUAGUCUAUUGUUCCGAUGGCUUCUGUGAGUUGGCUGGGUUUGCACGAACUGAAGUCAUGCAGAAGAGCUGCAGUUGCAAGUUUUUGUUUGGUGUGGAGACCAACGAGCAGCUGAUGCUUCAGAUAGAAAAGUCUCUGGAAGAAAAGAUCGAGUUCAAAGGAGAAAUUGUGUUCUACAAGAAGAAUGGGUCUCCGUUUUGGUGCCUAUUGGAUAUUGUUCCUAUAAAGAAUGAAAAAGGAGAUGUGGUCCUUUUUCUGGCUUCUUUCAAAGAUAUAACAGAUACUAAAGUGAAGAUUACUUCAGAAGAUAAAAAAGAAGACAGAAUCAAAGGAAGAUCAAGAGCAGGGACCCACUUUGACUCUGCCCGGAGACGGAGCCGAGCCGUCCUUUAUCACAUCUCAGGACACCUGCAAAGAAGAGAAAAGAACAAAUUGAAAAUAAAUAAUAAUGUGUUUGUAGAUAAACCUGCAUUUCCAGAGUAUAAGGUUUCUGAUGCAAAGAAAUCCAAGUUCAUCCUGUUGCAUUUCAGCACUUUCAAAGCUGGCUGGGACUGGCUCAUUCUGCUGGCGACGUUUUAUGUUGCCGUGACAGUUCCUUACAAUGUGUGCUUCAUUGGCAAUGAGGACCUGUCCACAACUCGGAGCACAACGGUCAGUGACAUUGCCGUGGAGAUUCUUUUCAUUAUAGAUAUUAUUCUAAAUUUCCGAACAACUUAUGUCAGCAAGUCUGGCCAAGUUAUCUUUGAAGCGAGAUCUAUUUGUAUCCACUAUGUCACGACCUGGUUCAUCAUUGAUUUGAUUGCUGCCCUGCCGUUUGACCUCCUGUAUGCUUUCAAUGUCACCGUGGUGUCCCUUGUACAUCUUCUGAAGACUGUUCGGCUGCUGCGUCUUUUGCGCCUUCUGCAGAAACUUGACCGUUAUUCUCAACACAGCACAAUUGUCCUCACCCUGCUCAUGUCCAUGUUUGCUCUCCUUGCACACUGGAUGGCUUGUAUCUGGUACGUCAUUGGAAAAAUGGAGAGGGAAGACAACAGCCUUCUCAAGUGGGAAGUCGGCUGGCUUCAUGAGCUGGGAAAGAGGCUGGAAUCUCCAUACUAUGGCAACAAUACGCUGGGGGGCCCGUCCAUCCGAAGCGCCUACAUUGCUGCCCUGUACUUCACUCUCAGCAGCCUCACCAGCGUCGGAUUUGGGAAUGUGUCUGCUAACACGGAUGCAGAGAAGAUCUUCUCCAUCUGUACCAUGCUGAUUGGAGCCCUGAUGCAUGCCUUGGUGUUUGGGAAUGUGACCGCCAUCAUACAGAGGAUGUACUCCAGAUGGAGUCUCUAUCACACCAGAACCAAGGACCUAAAGGAUUUUAUCCGCGUGCAUCACCUUCCCCAGCAGCUCAAGCAGAGAAUGCUUGAGUACUUUCAGACAACCUGGUCAGUCAACAAUGGAAUAGAUUCAAAUGAGCUUCUGAAAGACUUUCCAGAUGAGCUGCGCUCUGACAUCACAAUGCAUCUAAACAAGGAGAUCUUACAGCUGUCGCUGUUUGAAUGUGCCAGCCGGGGUUGCCUCAGAUCUUUGUCUCUCCAUAUCAAAACUUCAUUCUGUGCUCCAGGAGAGUAUCUGCUACGCCAGGGAGAUGCUCUGCAGGCCAUCUACUUUGUGUGUUCAGGCUCCAUGGAGGUUCUUAAAGACAGCAUGGUAUUGGCUAUUCUAGGAAAGGGGGAUUUAAUUGGAGCAAAUCUAUCAAUUAAAGACCAAGUGAUCAAGACCAAUGCUGACGUGAAGGCACUGACCUACUGUGAUCUUCAGUGCAUCAUCCUUAAAGGGCUCUUUGAGGUCCUGGGCCUUUACCCUGAGUACGCACACAAAUUUGUAGAAGACAUCCAGCAUGACCUCACGUACAAUCUUCGAGAAGGUCAUGAGAGCGAUGUAAUAUCAAGAUUAUCAAACAAAACGGCAGUCUCACAGGCAGAACCCAAGGGGAAUGGAAGCAUCAACAAGAGACUUCCAUCCAUUGUGGAAGAUGAGGAAGAGGAGGAAGAGGUGGAGGAAGAGGAGACCACAUCCCUCUCUCCCAUCUAUACAAGGGGAUCCUCUGUUUCAUGCAAUAAAAAGAUUGGAAGUAAUAAGAGUUGUCUAGGUUUAAGCCUAAAGCAACUAGCCUCAGGGACAGUACCAUUUCACUCACCAAUCAGAGUCUCCACUGCCACCUCCCCUAAAACCAAGCAGGAGUCUGACCCACCUAAUCAUGACAGAAGGAAAGAGAAGCACCUAAAAGUACAGCUUUGCAGCCUGAAUACUGUGGGAACCCCAGAUCUCAGUCCAAGGAUUGUUGAUGGAACUGAAGAUGGCAAUAGCAGUAAGGAGACUCAGACUUUUGACUUUGGCUCUGAACAAAUCAGGUCGGAGCCCAGAAUUUCCCCUACCCUUGGAGACUCAGAGAUCGGAGCCGCUGUUCUGUUCAUCAAGGCUGAAGAAACCAAGCAGCAGAUAAACAAGCUCAACAGUGAGGUGACAACAUUGGCUCAGGAGGUUUCCCAACUAGGGAAAGAUAUGAGGAACAUCAUGCAACUUCUGGAAAAUAUCUUGUCACCUCAGCAACCACCAAGAUUUUGCUCUCUGCAUCCCACUCCAAUGUGUCCUUCCAGAGAAAGCUUACAGACUAGGGUAAGCUGGAGUGCUCAUCAGCCUUGCCUACAUUUUCAGGCAGGUGGAGCACAACUUUAUCAUGGUAAUGCCACCUCUGACAUCUGGAGUGUGGAUCCCUCCUCUUUGUGCAACAGCCCUCAACGAACUGAAACUCAUGAGCAAACCCCAGCAGACAGUGAACUGCUUCAUUCUCCAAACCACUGCCAGGUUAUCCAGGAAGGUCAUUUGCAGUUCCUAAGGUGCAUCUCUCCCCAUUCUGAUACCACGCUGACACCUUUGCAGUCCAUCUCAGCCAGUCUCUCCUCCUCUGUCUGCUCCUCUUCAGAAACAUCCUUGCACCUAGUUCUCCCAAGUAGAUCAGAAGAAGGCAGCAUCACCCACAGACCUGUGAGUUCUUUCAGUUUGGAAAAUUUACCAGGCUCUUGGGACCGAGAAGCCUCUACAGAACCAUUGGAGAACUUUCCAGUGGAAGUUGUCACAAGCACAGUAGACGCAAAGGACAGCAAAGCCAUAAACGUAUGAUAUCAGCACCUAGGGGCAGCUUUCGAUGCCAAACUGCUGCUGCAUGACUGCUCUAGUUUGCCUUUUGGGCCUCUAGUA